CUAGAGAAUCCGGAAUAACCUGGUAUAUGCGAGUACCACUCCAAAAACGCUCACGGUGCCGGUGCCCAACUCAUAAGCAAAUUGAAUUCCUUUUAAACCUCUUGAAUCUGGAACCUCUCAUAUGUCAUACGCAAAGCUCGAAUUGCAGAAGCUCGUUCCAGUAAUGAAUGACCUGUCAUCCCCGGGCCCAGGGCGGCCGCCCCUCUUGCCCUGGCUCAGGGACGGGCCUGACCAGGACCUGGCCCUCGAUAUGUCGAACCUGCACAUUCACCGGCAGUAUUUUUUCUCAGCUUUUCUCGCUAUGGAACCAUCCGAUAUCUUAAUUUCGUUAGCAAGGAAAUGUGGGGGUGGCUUUGUAUCCGAGGACGUGCAAAAGUUCAUUUGGACUUACUGCAUUAACAACAUCAGUGAUGAGAGCUGUUAUGUAACUUAUUUGAAGGUUUUUCUGAAAAAGCUCAUCAAAGAAGUUGAAUUAACUGGUGGCGUUGUGUUGGAUGAAUUUUAUGAGCGGUAUGCUCAUUACAUGGCUUCUUUGAAGGAAGAUGCAUCAGGGAACCAAGAUUUAUGGACUGUGAAAUGCAUUACGUUUCUUUUUCAUGAUGUUCCUAGUCACACCGGUCAAAUGCAGAUGGUUGUACCAUUGAGAUGUUCUCUCAAUAUGCUUCAAGGGGACACUGGGUGUGCACUUUGGCCUUCUAGUCUUUUUCUGUCGGAGUUUAUCCUUUCAUUUCCCGAAGUUUUUACAAGGAAAUUAUGUUUUGAGGUUGGUUCUGGUAUAGGUCUGAUUGGCAUCUGCCUUAAGCAUGCCAAAGCCUCCCAGGUGAUCCUGAGUGAUGGUGAUUCAUCAACUUUGGCGAAUUUGAAGCUUAAUUUAGAAAUGAAUGAGAUUGCAAAUUUUGAUUCUUCUUUAGAUCAAAGUACAAGUACCUCAUAUUUGGUGCGAUGCAUUCAUCUGCCAUGGGAAUCUGCAAACGAGAGUGAGCUUCAGCAAUUCAACCCUGAUAUUGUAUUGGGUGCUGACGUAAUUUAUGAUCCAUCAUGCCUCCCGCAUCUUGUUCGCGUACUUUCCAUUUAUCUAAACCGAAGAAUGAACACUAACAACAGACUGAAUGGCACUGCUCAAGCGUGUGACAAAGAAGAAGAUUGCUCCAAUGGUGAUUGCUCAGGGUCCAACAAAGUGAAUUUACAGGUUGCAACUCUAAAAUCCUUGCUUGAAGAAAUGGAGACUGGUCCAGUAGCCCUUAUCGCCUCUGUGAUAAGAAACAUCGAUACUUUUAAUUGCUUUCUGAAGCUAUGUUGUCAAAAUGAUCUUCUUGUUAAGGAUAUGACUGAAUCUAUUAGGCCUGAUAAUCUGCUACCGUACAUGAAAUCAUAUAAUCGGUCAGAUGUACGCUUGUUGAUGCUAUCCUAUAUGAGCAAGUGAACUAGUAUAUUAGAAGUGAUUCAUUCAUGGUCCGCCCCUCGAUCUCUCAGCACCAGUCUCAUGUACUCUUUCGCUCAACGGGAUGAUAUUGAAGUGUUUGAUGAACCCUUAUAUGCGAACUUUCUUCAAGUUACUGGUGCAAAGAGACCUUACAGAGAGGAGGUGUUGUCAAAAAUGGAAUCUGACGGGGAGAAGAUUGUGAACGGGAUUAUCUACGGUCCUGGAAAUAAGAAAUAUCGCUUUUGUAAGCACAUGUCUAAACAACUGCUACCAGGCUUGUCAAGUGAUUUGAUGAAGAAGGGGAAGCACUUCAUAUUGAUACGGAAUCCAAUGGAUAUUUUGCCAUCCUUUGACAAGGUUGUGCCCCCAACUUUUCUUGAGGUGGGGUUAGCUGCUCUCGUCACCAUUUACAGUGAGCUCUGUGAUCUAGGAAAUCCACCUGCUAUCAUUGAUGCUGGAGAACUUCAACGAGAUCCAGAGGGAGCUUUACGUGGUCUUUGUGAGGACCUGAAUAUUCCAUUUCAGCCUACAAUGCUUAAAUGGGAAGCUGGUCCCAAACCCAUAGAUGGUAUCUGGGCUCCAUGGUGGUAUGGAAGUGUACAUAAGUCAACUGGUUUCAAAACAGAACACAGAUAUCCCAAGACAUUUCCAUCUUCUCUCUAUGACUUACUGGAAAAAUGCCUACCUUUUUACAAUUUCCUCAAGUGCCGUCUUAAGCGAUCAUCUGCUCUUCUAAGUUCAUCCGUGCCCCCUCCUAGUCUUCCUGUUUCAGCAAACGAAAAGCUCCUUGCAUGGGUUGGUGAUGAGAUUCUACCUCGUGAUAGUGCAAAGGUUUCAGUUCUGGACUCAGUAGUACAAGGAGGUGAUUCUGUUUGGGAAGGACUACGUAUCUAUAAAGGAAAAAUAUUUAAGCUUGAGGAGCAUCUGGAUAGACUGUUUGACUCAGCAAAAGCUUUGGCUUUCAGUAAUAUUCCAACACGUGGAGAGGUCAAGGAAGCUAUUUUCACAACUCUUAUUAGGAAUGGCAUGUUUGAUAAUUCCCAUAUCCGCCUAAGUUUAACUCGCGGCAAGAAAGUCACUUCUGGAAUGAGUCCUGCAUUCAAUCUUUAUGGCUGCACCUUAAUAGUGCUCGCCGAAUGGAAACCACCUGUCUAUGAUAACACCAAGGGUGUAGUUUUGGUUACUGCUUCAACCCGCCGUAAUUCUCCAAAUAAUUUGGAUUCAAAAAUUCACCACAACAACCUGCUGAACAAUAUACUUGCAAAGAUAGAAGGAAAUAAUGCGAAUGCUGAUGAUGCCAUAAUGCUUGACAAGGAUGGCUAUGUAUCUGAAACAAAUGCAACGAAUAUUUUUAUGGUAAAAAAAGGCAGAGUCUUGACACCUCAUGCGGACUAUUGUCUUCCUGGAAUAACUCGAGCUACUGUCAUGGAACUUGUGGUGAAGGAACGUUUUGCCUUAGAAGAGCGACGAGUUAGCCUAUCAGAGUUCCAUACAGCAGAUGAGGUCUGGACAACUGGAACCAUGGGAGAACUAAGCCCGGUGGUGAAGGUUGAUGGCCGUUUGGUUGGAGAUGGGCAGGUAGGACCUGUGACACGGACGUUGCAGAAUGCAUACAAAAAGCUCACAGAAGAGGCUGGGGUGCCUAUUCCCACCUAUCAGAGAGAAUGAUUGCUUUUUGUUGAAAGGAACUUUUGUCACAUAUUGCUGGAACUGAUGGCUUGAUGAGGAGUUUGAUUGUCUUUUGAAGAAAACUUCGAUUUGCAAAUGAAGAAAGAAGCAGCAGGAAAAUAAAUUAUGAUCUUCAAGGAUAAUCCUGUUUGCCCUUGUUUAUAAAUUCAGUUGCUGGUAAGAGUUGCGCUUGUGCUUGAACUCUUAAGUGACUUGAAGGAGUAUCUUGGGGAUUUUACACACUGUAAAUAGUACAAUGCAAUAGUCCUGAAAAAAAAAUAUUAUUGCUUGAUAUAUGUCCCCCUCUUAUUAUUGAUUCUGUAAUAUUGAAGUUUCUGACGCCUCCCUAGUCCCUACUGUACCCCCAAUAAUCACGGCCUUGCAGCAGUUUGGGCAGUUUUGGGCGUUCAGUCGUUCAAUUAGUCUGUGGUGCUGUGUUUUAGCAACAUAUCUCCCUCAUUUGUGUGGUAUGAAUAAUCUCUAAUUUCCUUUUCUUUGGUAA